AUGAACUUUCCAAGAUUAAAUCCGAUGAUGUACGGUCAAAAAAGGGAAGCUGAACUGCCACCGUUGAUAAAACAUGAGAUUAUCUACAUCCAAAAUAGCACUAGUGAGAUUGACAAGUUAUGCAAGGAGACCAGUGACUACAUCACUGAACUCAAGAGGCAUAAUGCCAAGGAAAGAAUCAAGAAUCUCCGCAAAGAACUUAAACAUAUUGGAAUCAAUAAGAGCUUUGUCAGCUCACUGAGCAAGAAAACACAUAAGAGGAGGAAAAGGCAUUUGAGUCUCACUUCUUCAAAGAAAUCUUCCCAGGAUAUAAGCCUACUAGCUUAUAAAUAGAUACUCUAAGAAGCAAUUGCAUGAAGAAUAUGGGGCUAAGUUCAGUAGCCCUUACUCAUUAUCUUCGGCUGGUCAUAGCUUCUCACUUCCAAAACAUUUUAAGGAUAUUGUUAUUGAGACUAAACAGAUCAAAGGGAGAAAGAUAAGAGUACCUUUGUAGUCUAAAUCAAGAA